GUUACCAACCAAUCAGUCAAUAUCCGGUUCAGUCAAAAGCGAAAUAAGAGUCCCCUUUCACUUACCUUUUUCAUACAGGUAAUCAGAUGUGGUCGUGGUAACAAUAGGCUUUAAGAAAGUAAUGCAGUCGAGAUGUUAUGUAAAUUAGAUCCUCACUGUAAUAGUUUAUUUAUAUUGUGAAAUAUAUGACUAAACAAUGGGUUUGGCAACAGUGGAAACCUUGGUGUAGCUCAGCCCUGAAAGCCUGAAUGACUCAAACAUGUAGGCUACCGGUUGUGAAAAACUGGAGUAAACGGACGUGUCCGCUCGCUGUCUUUCAAGGUGCCAAAUAAUGUAAUCACAUUGCACAAUUGCCUAUUUGUCAACUACUUGGCAGCCUAGCCUACCACAGCGCAAGAUUGCAUUGUCUGUUAGAAACUCAAAACGCAGCUAGGCGUAGACCUACAUCAAAUUAAUACAUAAGUAAAUCUUGUAGGCCUAUGGGCUUUCUGAUCCUAACUACAUCAAAAUGAAAUGUAAUAGUUAUGGCACAUUAUUAUGUAGCCUUAGCAUAUGUAGAUGUGUGUCAAAUGUUCCAAAUGUUUUGUAGUAUUGUAAUAGUAGCAAAAUCAGGUUUUACUUUGCAAUGUGUAGAUGAAUUGAUAUCCCACAUUGAAUCAUUGAUUUUGUAUUGAAUGUUCUGAUGGCAGCUAGUUAUACUUCAUAUCGAAAGGGGGCAGCAUUGCGCUUUUAGUGCAUGUUGGACGAAAAGAAAGAAGCGAUUCAAGGGCUGAUGCGCAUGUGCUUGUAGAGGUCAUGUUUAUAAUGUUACUUGAAGUCCCUGGUCAGGCCUGAUAAGAUGCUUAAAUCAAUACAGCUUGGUCGCUUUGCGAUCUCUCCAGUAAUUCAAUGUCGGGGACACGUUUAUUGCGCUAAAGGAAGCGGUGUCAGCCAAGUCCUUCGUAGGAUCCCAGCGCACUCUCACUCGGGACUCUUCACUAGACCAGCAUUGCCAUACGUAGGCCUACAGAGUGCACCUCUACUCUAUCAACACCAGAUUGUUGCCCACUGUGCUGAUCUGUCCUCGCAGAAAUAUACUUUGAUCUAUGCAUUACCUACCAUAACAAUUUUGCGGGCUUUGUCUAGACUUAAACUUAUACAGACUGGAAUCACUGUUGUCAUGCUCCCCCCUGUAUACUACCUCUUCCUCCAAGGAGAACUCUCCCUGACCGUGGUGAACUACAGCACUGGGAUUGCAGCGUUUGCUGCUGUCAUGCUCUACUCCAUCAGUCAAUUCGCCAGACGAGUAGUGGGAAGGAUGUACUUGGACUCUUCUGGGACUACGCUCAAGGUGUCCCAUCUGACGUUCUGGGGCCGUCGCAAUGACCUGUACAUGCCGGUGAACGAUGUCAUGACUUUUGGAGAUGUCGGCGACUCUCCAAACGAGACGAUUUUGUACUUCAAGCGAUAUAGUACCACGGACAUAAUGUAUUUUUCUACCCGAUUUGGACGCGUGGUUGAUAAGCGUGGAUUUGAGAAGGUCUUUGGCACUCUAAUCUAAAUCGUGUGUUAUUUUGAUUACAUUUUAUAUUUUGGGUCAUGUUUUUUAUUAUUGAAAUGUUGGUGUGUGAUGUACAAAAUAUGGCAUAAAGGGGUACCGUAUCUUACAUACAUGUUGUAGACAAUUUAUUACAUGAUUGCACAAGAAACAGAAUAGCCUAUGCAGUUUUUCCAAACUUACUUCAUUGAUUCAUAACAUUAAAAAUACAUCUGCAACAUUGAAAUUGUAAUAUCAUUUUGUGCAAAAAGUGUUUCUGGACCAACUUCUAAAAAAAAAAAAAAAAAAGCCUAUGUUCUCUGUAUGGAAUAUCAAGCAUUUUGUGUGUUGAUGCAUGUUGCGAUAUUUUAUAUGGCUAUAUUUAGCAGCAUUGACUAAUAAUUGCUGCCCAAUGCAUCAAACAAAACAGAUAAUGUGCUAUUUUAUUGGUGUGCUAUUGUUUAUGGUAUGGCCAGAAAAAAAUGACCCUGCGUGUGUCUGUGUUCCGUUGGGAAGUCUUCCCGGCCUUUUACUUCAUGUCAGCCAAGGUGUCACUGAAGAUGCUCAAGAAGAGUUGUGCAUGGUGUUCUUUGAAGACCAGAGCAGGUCGAAAUCUGAUAGACUGGGUGCCACAGCCUCCGAGUACAACACCUUAGCAAGAGCAACAGAGGCAGGAUGAGUUUGUUUCGUGUGUCUUCAUCCUUGACGUCGAUGGCACAGAAUGUCCCCAGUCCUCUGGCUUUACUCAGGAGGUGAGGAUAACGAGCCUGGAGUGAAAGUUCCCCCCUGAAGCCUACCUGUAGGUCAUACAGGCCAUUGAGCAUGACAUGACCCGUACGAUUCACUUGGUCCAAAAGAUUCUCGGUGCGCAUCACCUUCAGCACCUCAGACAGGAAUAUGUUCCUUGUGGGAUCCCCCAUCCAAGUGUUAAAGAUCCUCAUGGGCUUAGGAGGGGAAAAAAACAGAUCUCAUGAAAAGCAUAUGUUUUUUUAAGGCUGAAAAAUAAAGGGACUUAUAUGAAUGAUAAAGUGAUUUUGACACAAUCUUGAUGUGAACAGAUGGAGAAGAAUCUUGAUCAGAUCUGUCAAAUCCAAAUAGCAUUUAAUUGUGAUGCUACUCAGAAGCACUCAGUAAUCAGAUUUUAAUGGUCUGGACGCUACCUUGUCUGGCUGAAACUCGUCUUUGUAGAAGAAGCCACCUGUCAGCAGUUUUUUGCUGAAGGAGACGAUGUCUGCUGGGUCAUCCAGUCUCCAGUGUUCAUGGGCCCAGAACAGUCCCGUGGAACCUCCCCCUGUUUGCACCUCAUCCACCAGGAAUGCAGAGCCGUGCUGUCGGGAGGAGACAGAGAUCACCAACAAUAUUCUGAUUGUGUGGUCAAUUUUCAAGGUGCAAAUGAUCAGGGUUCUGCCAUGGAAUCCACCCAUGAAGGACAGAAUGCUGAGAUCAGGACAGCCAGGGGCCUUUUGAGAAGAGUGCCAGUUAAUUCAACUACAGGACACAUUGGAAAAAGGAAAAAAUACUAUAGGGUAAACAUGUGUGUCACUCUGACCUGGUUAAUGACACUGCUUGUCGUUUCUUCAGAAGUUGGGUCACUGUGGCCUCUUUGCUUAGUCUAAAGAGUGUAUAAGCAGCCAAAUCAGUUGUACACUUAUAGCUAAACAAUACCAUCAACAACAAGUUUUCUCUAUUUCUGUGAAUUUUUAUUCCUUUAAAGGUGUUUGAAUUGUACUUACUCUGUACCAUAUGAAAAUGGCUUUGUAGGCGUUUUCAUUGGCGCAAGAGCCACAGGCCAUUGUCUGCACCCGUUUGAAGCCCUUGGGGGCCACCUGAUGAGGAGAAAAUAGAAAUGGCUAACAGACUAGCCUUAAAACACCAUUACAUUUAAUAGGAAGACAAGCAUAGUUGUCUGUUAAAUCAGUUAUUGACAAAAGAGGUACUUUAGUACUCACAGAGAUUAACCCAUCCAGCAGUUUUUCCGUAAACAUCCGGGGUGGUAGCAUACCCAGAGCUGGCCGGUUAACAAAGGAACUCUGAAAGAGUUUAUAUUAAAUUUGAUGAUGCAUGAUUCUCACUGUCUUCUUUUCCCACUCAUACAGGUAAGGAAUGCAUUAGCCACCCUUACCAGAUUGCGAGGAUUGGUCAUAAUGUUCAUAAGGGCGGGGUGGUUGUAUCCUGCAAAUGAAUAAAGCAUGGAGACCGUCACUGAUUGUAUUUACCCUCUGACAUUAUGUUCAUUAUUUUAGAAUCACUGACUACCUCCAACCAUAUGCAAACACAAAACAUUGAGAGAGAGGUUUUUGUGUCUCCGCUCUCACCAAGGGGUAUGGAGGCGAUCUGGGUGUAGACAUCCAGCAUGCGAUUUCCGUCCACAUCCACCAGGUAGUUCCCUCGACUCUCUUCGUAAUCACAGAAGAAGUUCAGAGACUGUACGUUCUGAGAGAGGGGGGACCAGCGCAGUCAAUUCAUACACCCCUCUGACUGAUAUACACAUGCUCCACUCCAUAUUGUAUACUGUUAUUUAAUUAUUUUUGGACUCUUGAGCAUUUUAGGAGGAAUGCUCCUGAAAUGCUCCAGAUGAAAUUCUUGGAUGAAUUUUACAGAGCCUAACAUGAUUGGUAUCAAGUCAGGGGUGGUGUUUGUGUGUGCAACAUACCCUCCCUGCUCACCUGGAUCUCUCCUAGUUGUUUCUGCAGUGCCUAUGUGGAGGUGGAGUGGAAGGGGAGGAGAAUAGUUAAGACAGGAAUGUGACAAGCUGUCCAAUGAUGACAAAAGCAAAACAUUGUAUACGCACUGUCCUCAUGGAUAAGUUCAUGUACUCAUCAACUAGUGCUAUUUUCAAAGGUAAUCCCAAAAGGCCUCACUACAAACUUGAUGAUUUAUUAACCUCGAGGGAAAAUGGUCUGGUGGUGAGUGUUAAUUCUCAAAACAUAUUUGGUAACCAUUCACAGUGACAGGACAGCUGAAUCAGUAUUUCAGGAGAUAUUGGUCAAGAGUAGGCUACCAGUGACAGUGGCCCAGGAACUGAAGUCUUCAUAUGAGGCCCAUCAUACUCAAACUCCUCCAGGGUCUUGACCGACGCUGAUUGAGUGAUAUGCCUUGGACCUGCAGCAGAAACACAACAAAUACAGUGGGCCGACAUGAAGCACACGAAGCCAACGAGUGUUGCCCACCUAAUGCCUUUACUCGGCCCACUUCUGGUUGGAUUUUCUGCAGUCUGGAGUGUCCUGCCAUUGUGAAGACCUGAGUGACUAGGUAUGCCAACAGAAAUGGUUUUGACCCGCCCACCCCCACCCUAGAGGCCGACAUGAAACACACUGCUGAUGGGGAAAUGAGUUGACCAUCUUAUGCCUUUACUCGUCCCACUACUGGUUGGAUUUGCUGCAGUCUGGAGUGUCCUGCCAUCGUCAAGACCUGAGUGACUGUAGGUAUGCCAAAAGAAAUAGUUUGACUCCUACACCCUAGAGGAUUUUAUGUAGGCUUAUCAAAUAUAUAAUGUAUAGCCCUGUUUCUACUGCAGUUAGCAGAAUUGUCAAUAAAGGAAAGUGUUAAACUGCA